AUGGUUACUGUCGCACUGCGAGAUUGGGGACGUACCAUCCAACGCCCAAUCUCAGACAUGCACAUAUUGGAGGACCGAUUUCGCGAAUUGAAUUGGCAAGCCAUCCCUUGCGGGCUUGCUCAUCUUUGCCCCGUUGGAGCAAGAUCGAGAUGGCCCCGGAGAAGUAGGGAGCUCACCAGAUUACUACUGGAAAGGAGAGAGAGAUGGAUGCGAAUUCUCAGGAGCAUAGCAGAUGAAGCCGUAAUCACUCUUGAACCGAAGCACGAGAGUGAGGACGAAAUGAGCAGCCUAAAAGAAUUGCUCAUUUCAAUGGGAUGCGCUCAACAUACCGAAGAGAUGUUACCAACAAUACCCGGCAUACUAUAA